UAUAUAGUGUUUUCUUCCUAGUACUUGUUCAUCUCAAUUUCUUCUCUAAAAAGAAAUAUCAAGCUAGCUAGCUAGAAAAACCAAAAUGAAGCAUGAAGCAUCAAAGGCACUGCCACCGCCUCCGGUGGUUCCACCAGGUGUUGUUCCUGUUAAAGUACCUGGCUCAAGACGCACACUGAUGGCUAGACGUGGGUUUGGCACCAGAGGCCAGAGGAUCCCUCUAUUAACCAACCACUUUAAUGUGAAGUUGAGCAGCACCACUGACCACUUCUAUCAAUACAAUGUGGCUUUAUUCUACGAAGACGGAAAUCCUGUUGAGGCAAAAGGUGUAGGGAGAAGAGUACUCGAAAUGCUCUAUAAAUUAUAUAAACCAGAGAUGGGCGGUAAAGGGUUUGCAUAUGAUGGUGAAAAGACUCUGUAUACUGUGGGCCCAUUGCCAGGGACUACGCUUGAGUUCCCUGUGUUGUUGGAGAAUCUGUCAUCAAAUAGAACUGUACGCGGUGGUAGCCCAAGUGAAGGGGAAACCAAGAGGUCAAGGUGUCCACCUCAAUCAAAGUCAUAUACUGUGAAGCUUAAUUACGCUAAAAAAAUACCGAGUCAAGCCAUUUUCAACGCACUUCGAGGACAAGAUUCCGAGCAUUUCCAUGAAGCUCUAAGGGUGUUGGAUGUUAUGCUGAGGCAACAUGCUGCAAACCAAGGAUGUCUUAUUGUUAGGCAGUCUUUCUUUCACAAUGAUCCAAGGAACUCGAUGAGCAUUGGGGGUGGAGUUGUCGGUUUGCAGGGCUUUUAUUCCGGUUUCCGGUCCACUCAAGCUGGAUUGAGUUUGAACAUGGAUGUUUCGACUACACUGAUACUCAAGCCCGGGAAAGUUGUAGAUUUUCUUUUGGAGAAUCAGAAUGUUAAAAACGUAAGCGAGAUUGACUGGAUGAAGGCUAAAAUGAUGUUAAAGAAUCUUCGUGUCAAGACCUUUCCCUCUAAUUUCACGCAAAAAAUCAUCGGGUUGAGUGAGAAAUCAUGCAGACAACAGAUGUUCUUUAUCAAUAAAAAAAGUGCAGAUAGUCGUAGUGAUCCCGUAGAGAUCACAGUCUCUAACUACUAUGCGAAGUACCAUAAUCAAGAAGUCUUCGCAUCUCAAGAUUAUCCAUGUCUAGACGUUGGGAAGCCAAAGCGCCCAAUUUACAUCCCAAUAGAGCUGUGUGAAUUGAUCUCUCUUCAACGCUACACAAAGCCAUUGUCGGCUUUGCAAAGAGCUAAACUUGCGGAGCAAUCCACACUGAAACCACACGAUAGGAUGAACUGCGUGGUGAAUGAACUAAAGAGAAGUAACUAUGCUGCUGAUCCUUUGAUUAACUCAACUGGCAUCACAAUCAACACGAUGUGUACUCAAGUUGAGGGUAGAGUUUUGGAACCACCGAAACUGACGGUUGGAAACGGUGGAGUCAUGCUUCCUCGUGGUGGUUAUUGGAGCUUCAACAACAAAACACUUGUUGAGCCGACGCAGAUCACGCGUUGGGCUGUUGUGAACUUCUCUGCACGGUGCGACACCAAUAGCCUAUGUAGAGAUCUACUUAGAUGUGGUAAAGCAAAAGGAAUGCGUCUUGAAGAGCCACAUUCUGUGAUCCAAGAGGAUAUGAAUUCUAGCCGCAAUCCUGCUCCCAUUCGCGUUGAACUCAUGUUUGAAGCUAUGAAACGAACACUUCCGGGCCUACCUCGGUUUCUUUUGUGCAUCCUGCCAGAAAGAAAGAACCAUGAAAUAUAUGGUCCGUGGAAGCGAAAAUGCCUCGUGGAAGAUGGGAUUGUUACACAAUGCAUGGCACCCAUUACGAUCAACGAUCUCUAUCUUACACAUUUACUUCUAAAAAUCAACGCAAAGAUGGGUGGUUUAAACUCUGUGCUAUCAGUUGAGCAUUUGCAUUCAAUACCAUUGGUUUCAAGGAUUCCAACGAUAAUCUUUGGAAUGGACGUAUAUCAUGCUCCACCUGGCCGUUCUGAUAUUCCUUCGAUUGCCGCUGUUGUUAGCUCGAGAAAAUGGCCACUAAUAUCUCGGUACAGGGCUUCUGUACGUGCACAAUCUUCACGCGUCGAGUUGAUAGAUGCUUUGUUUAAACCUGUAUCACCGAAAAAAGAUGAAGGGAUGAUCAGGGAACUGUUAGUAGAUUUCUAUCAAAGUACUCAUAAGCUAAAGCCGAAGCAUAUUAUUAUUUUCAGAGAUGGAGUUAGUGAGUCUAUGUUUGACCAGGUGCUGAAUAUCGAACUCGAACAGAUCAUGCAGGCAUGCAAGUUUUUGGAUGAUGAAUGGGAUCCAAAGUUUUUGGUGGUUGUGGCACAGAAAAGACAUCACACCCGGUUUUUUCAACCCAGAUCUGAAGCCAAUGUUCCCGCAGGAACAAUCAUUGAUACUAAAGUCUGUCAUCCUAAGAACAAUGAUUUUUAUUUGUGCGCUCACAGCGGACCGAUUGGGACAACACGGCCUACGCAUUAUCAUGUUCUUCUUGAUCAAAUUGGUUUCUCGGUUGAUGACUUGCAAGAGCUCGUUCAUUCAUUGUCCUACGUGUACCAAAAAAGCACGUAUGCCAAAGCUGUAGUUGCUCCAGUCUGCUAUGCCCACCAGGCGGCAGCCCAGAUGUCGCUAUUUGGGAAGUUUGAUGACAUGCCUGACACGACAUCCAGCCUCAGUGGUGGUGGCGAUGGUAGUAGCGGUGGUGGUGGUGGUGGUUCCGCCCAACUUCCCGAGCUUCAUGAGAAUGUACGUAGUUCUAUGUUCUUUUGUUGAACAACUAGGUAGUUAAUAGGCGGUUGAUGUUUUAAGACACUCCGUGUGUUCGUGUUUGUAUGCAUUUCUGUGAUGUUUUAGAAUUAAGAUACUUUGUGUUUUAUGUUGUC